AUGGCCUCCACGCAGGGAGGGCUGCCGCCCUACGGCCCGGUCGGUGUCACCAGGGCUCUCGAAGCCUCGUCUUCCGCCCGCGCGGCCCCCACGAUCUUCGAGAACGAGUUCUCACUGAAGGACCGUGUCGCGCUCGUCACGGGCGCGAACCGCGGGAUUGGGCUCGAGAUGGCGCUCGCGCUGACGGAGGCAGGCGCACGUACGGUGUACUGCGUCGACCUGCCCAAGGAACGCGGGGAGGAGUUCCAGAGGGUGGAGGCGUAUGUGGGGAAGAUGGAGGGGAAGGGGAGGUUGGAGUAUAUUAGCGCAGAUGUGACAGACCAGGAGACGAUGUGGAAGAUUGGAGAGAAGAUCGGGAGCGCCGAGGGCCGUAUGGACGUGUGCAUCGCUGCGGCGGGCAUCCUCAAGGGCGACAUGAGCUGCCUGGACUACCCGGCAGAGCGUUUCAAGGAGGUGCUCGCAGUGAACGUCAACGGUGUCUUGUACACCGCGCAAGCGGCGGGCCGCCAGAUGGCCAAGUUCGACAAUGGCGGAAGCAUCAUCUUGAUUGGCAGCAUCAGCGGGAGCGGCGCGAACCAGGGGCAUCCGUGGGUGUCGUACAAUACCUCUAAGUCGGCCGUGCUGCAGAUGGCGCGCAGCAUGGCGUGCGAGCUCGGCCCUAAGAGGAUCAGAGUGAACACCAUCAGCCCAGGAUACAUCAACACCACCAUGACGGGCCAGUUCCUCGAGAAGCGGCCGGAGCUGCUGGAGAAGUGGUGUAGCAACAACCCGAUGGGCCGCAUCGGGCGGCCAGACGAGCUGCGCGGAGCGACUGUUUGGCUCGCCAGUGACGCGAGCACGUUCUGCACGGGCAGCGACAUCGUUGUCAGCGGUGGCCACCAUGCUUGGUAA